CAAAAACUACGACAUGAUAGGGAAUCUUAUGAGUUAGGAAAGCUAUCCAAAUCAAAUUUUAUAAUAAUAAAUUUAAUUAUAGAAUGUCUAUCACAGUUUUGAUGGAACAGAGUCAAGAAUAAGAGUAUAUAUAUAAAUAUUUAAUUAUAUAGAUGGAUCAUAUUUUAAAAGUAUAAUCCUAGUUUAUCAAAUGUUUAAAUAAUCUUAUACGUCAUUAAAAUAAUAAGAAAAAAUCAAAUACAAUAGUAUUACCUUAUUAAGGAACUAAUUUAUAUGUAUGAUAUUUUAUAAAUUUAUUAAGGUGCACUUUAAAGAUGAAAUAAAUCUUAAAAAGGCUAAGGUCUUAGAAUCUACUGAUAGUACUUUUGGUUAGUUUUCUUUAUUCAACACUUAGAUUCCAUUUAUACCUUGUAUUACAAUAAUGAUAUUUAGUUCCAUACUAAAAUAUAGCUCCUCAUUAUUCUUAAGAAAUGACAUUUUAAAGAAUGAAUCCUAUAAUGCAAAGUCAGGAUAGAUAUAUAGCUUAGCCUAAACAAGUUCACUAAUAAGCUAAUCAUUUUAAAAAGAAAGAUUAAUUUUUAAUUUUUUCAAAUAAGGCUGAAGAAUCACAAUCAGUAAAUUCAGAUGAGUAAGAUUUUGAGGAGAAGAUGUCUGAUAAUUCAUUUUAAAUAAAGAAGAAGAAAAAAAUAAGUAAGGUAAAUGAUACGAAAAACAUAACCAAAAAUUUUUCAAAGGCGAUUAUCAGUUAUAUUACUUAAAAUAAAGAUAUUGGUUUGAAAUUAUUAGAUGCAAGAGAAUUUGAAGAUUUUCUAUAGAUUUUGAAAGAGAAAAAGAAUAAGAUGACUAAUAUAUAAUAAUUAAGAGAAUUAUGGAUAGAUAGUGAUGAAGAAAAGUUAAAAUAAUUUAAUAAGACGUUUAGAAUUUUUAGGUAAAUAGAGAAGAUAUAAAAUAGUCAAUAUUUUUUAAGAUAGCAAUCUGUUGCAUAUAUAUAUAAUUCUCGAAUAAUGAACACAGGAUGGCAUUUAAAAUAUAGAUAUAAUUUGCUUAGAGCGUUAAGAGAGCCUUAAAAUUUCAAAUACAUAAAAGAUAUUUGA